AUGUAUACAACGCUCUCGCAGCGCGAGGCCACCAUGUCUUUGGCUAGGCCAUCUUUGAAGUCGAUCACGUUCGUACUCGCAGGUCGUACAACCCUCUCGGAGCACUGCCCCACAGAACACAUCGAAGUUGACUACGCUAUAGCCGAACGCUCACCGUACCUUCGCAUCUACCUUCCACAGCAAGUACGCGAUGACCGACCUCUGCUGCCGAUUCAACUUGGAGAUAUAGAUCCGGCAGGCUUCAAGAUCUACAUCGAGUGGCUCACAACCGGCAUUGUCAAGUUCUCUGAUCAAAGAUCCCUCCGGCUGGACUCCUGUAUCGACCUCAUAUACGCACACAUAGUUGGCUCUGCAUUCUCGCAACCGAACUUCCAAGACUACAUCAUCGACAAGCUAGCUUCUAUUCUUGACCCCGCGCAAACGUUCGACCAAAAGAUUCUGGAGAUGUUGUAUUUGGAGAAACACGCAUCGACACUACUGCGGAAGUUCACUACCGAUAGGAUGUUCGCGUAUGACAGGAGGAUGCUAGGUAUGCUACGAAAUUCUGUGGAGGACAUUGUGACGGGGAGUAGCAUGGAAGGGCGUGUGAGUCUGAAGAGGUGGAAAGAGGUAACGACCUAG